UCAGUUUGCGACCCUCUUUUCUGAAGUUGAGAAUGGAAGAACCCCGUGGAGGCGAUCGCGCGAUAAUCCUUCGGAGCGCGCGAUACGUCUUUUUUUCCGACUACUAGUCAUUUUAUUUGUUGUCUCAUCGGAGUGUGGAUGCGUCUAUAAAUAACCCGCCGAGCUCACUGCCUCUCUCACGCUCUGUAUUCGGAUACCGGUGUCGGAAUUCGAUCGGAAUUACAAAGAAGGAGGAGAGUGGAGAAUAUCAACUUAUCGACAUGUCUUUGCCGGUGCAGACGGAGAUUGCUAACAAAACCCUAGGAAAGCGAGCUUCGAACAACCGGAACCGUAAGUGGACAAAACAAAGCAGAAGAAGUGGGAGUCUGAAGUGGCGGGGACUGGAGAUGGCCAUAAAGAGGGCUCGCAGUCGCAGAGCUUCCUCCAAGAGUCUUAGUUUUGAAGAAUUAACUGCGGAUCUCAACCGGUUGAAGGCGGAAAUGGCAGAAAGGAAGCCUCAACGAGGCUCAUCGGAGAGAGAGAUUUUAAGGAAAAGAUUAGCGGCUCUGCAACGCCUGGAACGGGGCGUCGCAGCCCAGAGAGGACGAAUUCGUUCAGUGGCAGAGUAUCAAAACAAUGUGUCGAAGGCAUUGGAUGAAGUGGCGACGAGGCUCCUCAACGAGGGGCUUAAUCCUCUUCCGGGCACCGCACUCCCUGGUCAUCGAAUUCAAGAUCAGAUCGAGGAGGAGCCAGUUUUUCCUGCCCAGUUGAAGAUAUAGCGGCAGAGGGGGGUCCUAAGUUUUCUUAAAUAAAGUUUUGUAUAAUUCCAGUAAAUUCAGUUUCGAAUCUUUGUAUAAUUUUAUUUUAUUAUCUUUUACUAUUAUGGUUCUUACCCUAUGUUUGAUUCGUCGUGGGAGUGAGAACGGGAAUAAAAAUGGAAACAUGAAUAGGAAUUACUUAGAUUCCGAUGUUUAGUUGAUUAAUGAAUUGUGACAAGAAGACUGUAUUCCUUUUACUUGACAAAA